UGCUUGGGUUUUAGGGCUUUAUUUGUGUGGUUUAUUUCUUAUACUUCCGUCUCUGAAAAAAAAUGGCUGCCCAGACCGACAAAGAGAUCAAAGAGAUCGAAGAGAUCCUCGCCGCUCAUCUCGAACAACAAAAAAUGGAUUCCGAGCAACCUGUAGUUGAAGAUGAGGACAACGAAGAAGACGGCGAAGAGGAUGACGACAAUGAUGAAGAUGAUGCCGACUGCCAUCUUGAUGGAGAAGGAACUGGUAGGUCAAAGCAAAGCAGAAGCGAAAAGAAGAGUCGCAAAGCUAUGUUGAAGCUCGGGAUGAAACCAAUUCCAGGUGUUAGCCGAGUCACCGUCAAGAAGAGCAAAAAUGUCUUAUUUAUCAUUUCAAAGCCGGAUGUCUUCAAGAGCCCCACGUCAGAUACCUAUGUUAUCUUUGGAGAGGCUAAGAUUGAGGACUUGAGCUCACAAUUGCAGUCUCAGGCCGCCGAGCAAUUUAAGGCACCUGAUCUCAGCCACGUGGUAUCUAAACCUGAGUUGUCAUCAGGCUUGGCUCAGGACGACGAAGAAGUUGAUGAAACGGGAGUUGAGCCGAAGGACAUUGAGUUGGUGAUGACACAAGCGGGAGUCUCCAGGUCGCAGGCUGUCAAGGCGCUCAAGGCUGCCGAUGGGGAUAUUGUUUCAGCCAUAAUGGAGCUAACAACGUAAGAAGGGUGUUUGCUAGUGACGUGAUGGAUUAGGACACUAGUUUAUUUGGUUUCUGGUAGUUGGACAUCUUAUUUUCUUUCCUUCCAAAUUUUUCCUCAUUAUUUUUUCGAAUGUUAUCUUUUCUUGUUAUUUUUGUCGUAAAAACAAUAUGCAUGGAGUGAAUCUUUGAUA